AUGGCAGCUACCACAGGCUUGGGAGUGAAAGGACCUUGAAAUUUCUGACUGUUGGAAGAGCUGAAAGUAGGUCAGAAAGUAGUAGGUGAAGGCACAGUUAGCUGGAGUCUAGAGGAUGACGAAGACAUGACACUUACGAGAUGGACAGGGAUGAUAAUUAGGCCUCCAAAGGUGGAUCCAAGGGCCACGACAGAGCUGGCAAAGUGGCAGAAUUCCCACAGCAUCAAAGUCAUCCUGCAGGUACUUCAGUGCCUGAUGAUGUCAAAAGAGAACAUGAAGCUGCCACAGUCACAAGAAGAACAGUGUUACAGCAAUUAG